AUGGAUUGCAUGUGUUGUGACGAGUGGUCGAGUGGUGUCGCUAUAACAGUGUCUGAGUGGACAAUGAGUGACGACGAGAAGGACAACGAUGUGGACAUUGAGAGCGAUGACGAAGACGUGUGCUCUUCGGCGUCAAUCAGUGGUGACUCCAAUCGUAACUCAUUCUCACAGGCUGAUAAGAGGGCGCAUCACAACGCACUCGAGAGGAAGCGAAGGGAUCACAUAAAAGACAGUUUCAGUAGUUUAAGAGAUGCUGUGCCUUCACUUCAUGGUGAAAAGGCCUCUCGGGCGCAGAUACUGAAGAAAGCGGCCGAAUAUAUAGCGUUUAUGAGACGCAAGAAUACGACAGUUCAGGGAGACAUCGAUGACUUGAAGCGACAAAACAAAGUACUCGAAGAGCAAAUCGGCAAAUCUGUUCCAGUAGUUCGCACUCUGGAGAAGGCCAAGAGCUCCGGUAUAACGGAUCUGGAUCUGAACGGAACCUCCAUUUUGGACAAUUCAAGCCAUACUAAGAUUGAGAACGAAUCGGUCUCUUCUUUGGAUGGAAUUCAUAGUAUUUGCCAUCAAACACAAUGCAAUCAAAGCCAGUGUCCGAAUCCAUCACAAUGUCUGUUGGGAUUUACGGACGACGAGUGCAAGUGCUGUCAGGUUUGCCUCAAAGCUAAGGGCGAAACUUGUGGACCAAAUAAUAAGUGUGCCAAAGGUCUGAGAUGUCUGUUCCCACAGCAGUUGCACUCAAUUAACACCAAUUUAGUGAACAAUGACCAAGAGAUUGGCGUUUGUGGUCUUCUUGACUGUACAGGUCCGACAAAAUGUAUUCAUAAUAAUCAGCAGUUUAUGAAUGGAGACAAAUGGAAAGCAGAUAAGUGUACGACAUGUGAGUGCAGGGAUGGCCUGUCUUUCUGUCAUAAGAAAGAGUGCAAUCAAACGAUGGAAACCAAGAAUUGCAAUGUUAUGGCUAUGAUUGAGGACGAGUGCUGUCCCAUCUGUCAGGGUUGUAUUUCAUCGAAUGGAAAGUUUUAUAAUAAUACUCACAACUGGUAUGAAAACGAUUGUUCGCAUUGCGAGUGCACUAACGGACAGAUCAGUUGUAAAGUGCAAAUGUGUAGUCCUGUCCACUGCGAUCAACCUAUUAAUAUAGAGGGCCAGUGCUGUCCAGUGUGUCCAAUAAAGUCGACCAUCUCUUGUAAUAUUCAGUGCCCGCAGGGCUUUAAACGAAAUGCGUUGGGCAUUGAAAUCUGUGAAUGCGAUCACUGUUUGAAUAAGUCCUACAAAUGUAAAAUAUUCUGUCCGUUUGGCUUCAAAAAGGGAACGGAUGGCUGUCCUAUCUGUCAGUGUCUUACACUUCAUAAUCUCAAUCAGACCACUAUUAAUGACAAAAUCAAUGACAUUAUCUGCACUUUAAGUAACGGUUCUGUUGUAAGCAAUGGUCUCUUUUGGAGCGAUGGCUGUCGGGAAUGCUAUUGUAAUUCUGGCAAAAUUAUGUGCACUCAACCCAACUGUCCUCCCAUUCAAUGUUCUAACGCUAUAUUCAUUGCACAUCAGUGUUGCCCUAUUUGUGCCCAACAUAUCAAUAAAGAUGUUCAUCAAAACAGUGGUGGAUAUCCGCACAUGAAAUACAUGAGGAAUCGAGUGAUUGAGGGCUCGUUGAGCGAGAAUGGGAUCAUCCGUUUGUGGCCCUACUCUACAGACACCACACAUACAGCCGACGCAAACGACAAACAAUUUAUAAGUAUUCGUGUCUCUAAUAAUGCAAACAAUAAUUUACUUAAUUAUGAUUCACUCGACAAUACUCUUGAAGACAAGUUGUUGACCAGUAGUUGUCCGCCUCCUAACUGA